CGAGGAAAAGGAAUCGUAUCGUAUGUCCGCUAUCCAGAACCUCCACUCUUUUGACCCCUUUGCUGAUGCAAGUAAGGGUGAUGAUCUGCUUCCUGCUGGCACUGAGGAUUAUAUCCAUAUAAGAAUUCAACAGAGGAACGGCAGGAAGACCCUUACUACUGUCCAAGGGAUCGCUGAUGAUUACGAUAAAAAGAAACUAGUGAAGGCGUUUAAGAAGAAAUUUGCCUGCAAUGGUACUGUAAUUGAGCAUCCAGAAUAUGGAGAAGUAAUUCAGCUACAGGGUGACCAGCGCAAGAACAUAUGCCAGUUCCUCGUAGAGAUUGGACUGGCUAAGGACGAUCAGCUGAAGGUUCAUGGGUUUUAAGUGCUUCUGGCUCACUGAAGCUUAAGUGAGGAUUUCCUUGCAAUGAGUAGAAUUUUCCUUCUGUCCCUUGUCACAAGUUUAAAAACCUCACAGUCUGUGUAAUGUAACCAUUUGGGGUCUGCUUUUAACUUGGACUAGUGAAACUCCUUCAUGCAAUAAACUGAAAAGAGCCAUGCUGUCUAGUCUUGAAGUCCCUCAUUUAAACAGAGGUCAAGCAGUAGGCACCUGGCAGUGUCCAGCCUGAAACAAAGCAAUAACAGUGAUGUUUCAGCCAAGUCCAGAGCCCCAAGAUCACAGACGGCUAUGUCUGGCCCGAAGCUCCUCAGCAAUCCCUCUACAGAGUUCCCUGCCCUAAGAGAAUGUCGCCACCUGAACAGCCCUCGGUGAAGCUGAGAGUGGAGGAUGGGGUGAGGCAGCAACAGCAGCUGUACUGCUAG